AUGUCUUCACUCAGAAGCUCUAAUAACUUAAAACAACAAUGUCAACAACGAAAUGCUAUUUUAUCAGAAAAAAGAAAAGGAAGAAGAGAACUAAUGUUAGCAUCACAAAGAAUUGUUUCUGUUAUUGAAGAUGAAUCUCCAAGAUUAUCUCCACGUGGAUACGAAGAACGUUAUCGUGAUAUCUAUGAACAAUUAAAUGAAAAUAAAUUAGAAGAAAAACAGUUUAACAAAGUUCUAGAACAAAUUUAUAACAAUUCUUCAAGACAAAACCAUCCUCCUUUUACUGAGAUGUUUAUGUGUGGUGUCAUUUAUAAACUAACUCAACAAUAUAUCUUAAUGAACAUUCAUCAAAAACAAAUGUUUCUUGGUAUUAUCCAAAAUAUAACAGGUUUUGAUUCAAUUUAUAAUAAUGAACUCAUUAAAUAUAACAUCUUUCAAAUUCUCAUGGAUUCUUUAAAUGAAAAUGAGUUAAUUGGGUUAGGUUGUGGUUGUUUAUGUAAUCUUUUGCUUGAUUCACCAUUAAUUCUUAAAUAUUCAAUGGAAAACCAAUUACCACAACGUUUAUUAAAAGUUUUUGAAACUUGUCAAAAGAUUCCUUAUUCCCUAAUUUGGUUAAUUCGUUGCAUUUCAAGUAAAGUCCAUGAUGAAAAAAUUUUAACAUCUUUUCUUCCUCUGACUAUUAGACUGUUAACUAUUCCAGAAGAUAAAACUAAAACUACUGCUUUCGUUAUUUUAGGAGAAAUAGUUACUAACAACAUUAAUGUUAUAAGUAAUAACUAUCUUAUUACUCUUCUUCGAUUUAUUAACUUCUCAUGUGAAGUGAAUGACUCUGCUAUUACAGCAGCUUUACGGUUAUUAAGAAAUAUUACGAGUCAAGUUUAUUGUGAAGAAAUAGAAGAAUUAUGUUUGAAUUUAUUCUUAAAAAACAACGAUUAUUCUAGCCUCACUACACGCCGAUUAAUACUAGACUGUGUAAAUAAUGUAAGUGAUGCUUCAAAAUCUUUCUCAGAAAAAUUAUUCAAAUCUAAUACUUUCUGUGAUUUACCUUCGAAAACCUUAUCCGUCAUGACCCUUUUUCCAUUGAAGAGAAAGUGGCUUUAA